GUUACGAACUUUACCACGCGUAUAGUUCGGUGUUACAAACCGAACGACACAAUUAAUCUAAUCGCAUAUCUCAGUGGUAGACAGAAUCAAGCUGACCUUAUAUUUCUCUCUCACAAUUUAAAUUAAAAUUUCUCUACCUUUACAAAAAUAAUUUACGAGUAGACCCGCAAUCUUAUAUCAAAUAGAGGGGGAUACCGAAGUCGGCUUAAUUUCACGUUACUGUACGUGCAGUUAAUUUUAUCUUCGGUGAACGUAGAAAUGUUUCACGUAUUUAAUUUAAUGUUUGUAUUGGAUACAUACAUACAUAAAUAUGUAUAUACAUGUAAAUAUACAUAUGUAUAUGUACAUAUAGCAGAAAAAGUUAGCUUUGCGACGAAUUUUAGAUACUCGUCACACUGAUGCAAAUGUGAACGCAUCAACAGACCAUAUCGGGCAUUAAACCUGAGCAACAUUGUUAAGAAUGUCUAUAAAAUUGUGUGGUUUUGUGUUUUUCUAUUUCAUAGCCAUUGCAGAUAUAUGUAUGCGAUAUUCAUAAUUCGCUUGCACCAAUAAUUUAUAGACAUCAACUGUAAAUGCAUGUGCGUCGAGUUAAAUCAUUAGAAAAUGAAAUUUUUGCGACCAAGUAACGGCUAAAUGAACGGGCAUUAGGGCACGAUUGCAAUCACUUAAAAUCUAACGCUAGUUAAGAAUGUAUGCGCACUUAAGUAUGAAACUCGUAGCGAAUAUAAGAAACGGAAUGAUAGUAAUUGUCGUAUAAUCGCAUCAGUUAAUGGCGAGUGCAAAAAACGAAAUUCCAGUUUUUAUGCGAUUUCUGUAUAGCGUGGGUUGUACGUCGCAAUGUUAGUCGGUGUAAGCAACGCGGCCAAGAGUAUAUUAAAGAAAUUUCCUUCAAAUAUAUUCAGUUCGAUUUCUGAAGUGGCGGAGUGAAAGACAAACCAGUUUAUAUUUUAUUUACACAGUCAUACACACAUAUAUACACAUACAUACAUACAUAUAUAUAUAUAUAUAAAUCCAUAUAUACAUAUAUACAAGCAGCAACAAUUUCAAUAUGGCAAACAAACAUUGGAUUUUAUUGUUAAUAAACUUAACUGUGGCAGCAAUGAUUUUAGGAUCAGAAUGUCCCUCAUACAAUAAAGUACAGAAUUGUACGCCAAAAUGUUUACACGACAGUGAGUGCAGCUCGAUCGGUGGCAAAUGCUGUCCAAAUCUUUGCAAUGGACGUUCAUGUGUACAGCCCAAUUUGCUAAGUAAUUCAGGCCGUGACACCUCUCCAUUCAGCAAAAAUACUUCUGGUGGUUCGGGUACAUACUGUGGUAAUGUUAAGUGCAGCGCUUUUGAGAAAUGCGAAAAUGAUCGGUCUACUAAGAGACCGAAAUGUGUACGCGCCUAAAUCGCAUUGUGUAAAUAAGUGAUUACGAGUGAUGCCCUUCUUAUGUCAAUUAAAUCUAUAUAAAAUUGAUGUGUGCAUAAGUAAAAAUAUCAAUAUCAAUAUAUAUA